AUUUAUUUCUUAUUAAAAGUUAGCAAGAUAAAUGUUUAAUGUCAGCGACCCGAAAGAAAGGAAAGGUCACUGGGGCUGUCUAGAUAAUCACAGGCUUGCGAAUAGAGAGCACUUUGCAUUUACAUAAAAAAAAUAUAUAUUUAUAAAUAUUAACAUAAUUAAUAUUAAUAAUUAGCAAUAAUGAAAAUCGGUUUCUUCGGUGGUGGAAAAAUGGCACACGCUUUAGCAAAGGGAUUCAUUAAAGCCGGCCUAUGCAAGGGGGACUCAUUGAUAGCGAGCUGUUUGCCCAGCGAUUUAAAAAGCAAACAGGCAUUCGAGACUAUUGGGUCGAAAGUUGUUUUUUUGAAUAAACAAGUUGCAGAACAUGGAGAUGUUUUAAUUAUUUCAGUAAAACCGCAGGUUGUUAAUAAAAUUUUACCGGAAAUAAAGACUUGUGAUAAAUUAAUAAUUUCAAUAGCUGCUGGUACAUCUAUUGAUAAUUUAGAAAAAAAUUUACCAAAAGGUACACCAGUAAUCAGAUUAAUGCCAAACAUACCAGUAUCCAUUGGUUAUGGAGCGACAGUAUUUAAAAGAGGAUCAUUUGCUAACGACCAGCAUGCAGAUUUAGUUAAAAAACUAUUUAAAUCAAUGGGAAUAUGCGAAGAAAUCGAUGAAGAUGAAAGUGUUCUGGACACAGUAACAGCUCUCGCUGGUUCGGGACCAGCCUACGUCUACAUGAUGAUCGAAUCAUUGGCAGACGGUGCCGUAAAAAUGGGAAUGUCCCGUCAAUUGGCCUACAAACUGGCAACUCAAACAGUUUUAGGAGCUGGGGCGAUGGUCAAUCAUCACCAGAAUAUCAGCGGAGGCUGUCAUCCAGCUCAGCUAAAAGACGAUGUUGCAUCUCCAGCCGGUUCUACAAUAAUGGCAAUUCAUCAUUUGGAAAAAAACGGGAUGCGGUCAGCUGUCAUCGGAGCUAUCGAAGUUGCGACUUUGGCUUGCAGAACAUUUACCAAAAAAUAAUACAUA